AUGUUCACUGCAUGUCUACUGCUGUCAUGGCCACCCCCAGUGUUCUCACCUUUGACGCUGAGGGUCGGGCUGUUUACUUUGAGGUCUAGGGACCACUUCCUCUCUGUUUGCCCCACCAAUAUCACUGUUGACCUCCUCGAGGAGCGCCUCCUAGCAGCAGAGAAGAGUAUAGUCGUAAUAGGAGCCUCUCGUGGUGACCCUCGCACCCCUAUCUUUGAGGGGUGCUCCCCCUCCCCCCUCUUGCCCUCUGCUGCCUCUGCUGCUGCGGCCGACCUCGUUGGUCUUGAGUCGGUCGGCGCGGCGUCUGCCCCUAGCGGGAGACGCUGCUCAGGCAAGGGCAAGGGGGGCAAGGGCGCUGGAGGAGCUGGCGGGGGCGGUGGAGGCGGCGGUGGAGGCGGCGGAGGGGGUGGGGGUGGCGGUGGGAGUGGUGGCGGUGGUGGGGGCGCUAGUGGCGGCAGUGGAGGCGGAGGAGGCGGCGGUGGUGGCGGUGCGGGCGGAGGUGGCGGAGGUGGAGGCGGUGGUGGAGGUAGCGGUGGCGGAGGUGGAGCUGGUCGGGGCGGCGCUAUGCACAGGGUCGGCUCCGGUGGUGGUCAGCGCCAGCAGCAGCAGCAGCAGCGCACUCGUGAGACCCCUUCCCCCCAGCAGCUUCGUGAGUGGUACACUGCUCGUCUGCGGGGUGGGGGCGCUGGCCCCUGUACCUACGUUCUACGCACCGGCGACCGCGCGGGUGAGCAAUGUGGGGGUCCGCACUCCGCCCAGCGCUGCUUCUGCCGCCUGACGGACUCUUGGCGUCAUCAGUUCCCUGACGCUACUAAGAUCCCUCGCUGGGGCGAGCUGUUUAGGGCGGGUGUUUCGAUCUUUGAUCUUGACUAUGAUGCUAUUCGUGCUGCCAUGUAUGCUGUGACUAUUAGUGAUAAGGGUGACUGUUACCAGUGUUUUCCGCCUGACCCGGGCAUUAAGGCUGCUGCUCUAGGUGCUUGUGAGGCUGCUGCUUUAGGUGCUAGUGAGCCUGCUGCCCCAGGUGCUAGUGAGUCUGCGCUCUCAGGUACCGCGUCGGCUUCGGCCACCCACACCUUCACCCUUGACUCGGGUGCUUCCCGCUCCUUUUUUCGAGACCGCACCACGCUUACGCCGCUUAGUCGGCCAGUGGCAGUCUCCCUGGCAGACCCCUAUGGGGGUCUUGUCCUUGCCCACUUCUCCACUGUUCUACCGUGUCUGGCGGCCCCUUCUGGCACCCUGUCGGGUCUUUACCUCCCCUCGUUCUCUACGAACUUGGUGAGUGGUGCUGACCUCCAGGAUGGAGGGGUUCACCAGUUCACUCUUGCGAGUCAGCGAGUGACCCACUGUACCUGUGCUCGGACGGGCCGUCACUUGGCCACGUUUACCCGUCAGCCGGGGUCGAGCCUGUACACACUGAAUACUGAGUCUCCUCCGGUCGCUGAGUCUGCUCAGGUAGCCGCGUCGGGUCACGUGUUUGCUGCGGCAUCCAGGUCUGGUCCUGAGUCUGCCCCCUGCUCGUGUCGUCUCCUGUCUCACUAG